GCUGCCGCCCUUUCCAAAGUCGACCGGUUGCGUGUUGACCUUGCCAAAGCGGUCGAGGACAACGUGGCCGAGAGGGAGAUUGAGAGGGAGGAGGGACGUAAGUCUUUCCUCAAGUCGUCCAUCGGCUCAAUCUUCCUCGAUGCCUAUCAGAAGGAAGUCGUCGGGGCGUUUUGCAACUCUCCCGCCUUCCUCGAGAAGUU